AUGGUUAUGGGGUCUGUUGAUCUCGUGGCAACUAGGAAAAAUCAAGAAAGAAUGAAAAAAAAAGAAAAGGUAGCAUCAAGAUUCUUGAAUUAUAAAGAAACAAAAUCAAAGUCAAAUACCGUUAGUAGUAAUGGUUCAGAAAGUAGAGAAAUUUCUAUUAAAAGCUGCGUUAAUGAUACAGAAAUGAUACCUGAAAAGUACGAAGCUUCAACUUCUCAAAAGAAUAUAGUAAGGCAAAUGAGAGUUUCAUUGCCUUCACUUGCCUUAGCUUGUGAAAGAACGGGAGUAGAAAGAAACAAAAAAUAUGUCAUCCCUAAUGGUCGAAAAGACAAAACUUUAGUUUUGGAAGUUAAAGGAAACAGGUCGCAUCGCAAAACUAAGACAGAAGAACAUUAUGUUUUAGUUAAAGAACCAGGGUCUGAAUAUAUGGGACACGUAACACCCUUAUCUGGAUCUGCUGCAAAUAUAAAAUUAUGUAUUGUCAGCUAUUUAGAAAAACAUAAGAUUGAUAAAACAAAGAUUUUGGUUAUUGGAUGUGAUGGAACAGCGGUAAAUACGGGACAUAAGGGUGGAGUUUUGAGACUGCUAGAGGAAUACUGUGGUGGACCAUUACAAUGGCUUAUUUGUCAAUUGCACGGAAACGAAAUUCCCUUACGACAUCUCUUUCAGCACUUAGAUGGACUGACAACUGGACCACCUGAAUUUUCAGGACCCAUUGGUAAAAAAUUAUCAGAAUGUGAUAAGCUUCAAGUUAUAAAUGUUGAAUCAGACUUGCCCGUUGAUGUUGAUGAGACAGAGUUAAGUACAGACCAAAAAUAUUUGUUACAAAUAUGCCGUGCUGUUGUUAGUGGUAAUGUCAGUGACAGUGUAGCUCGAAGAGAUCCUGGUAAAGUAUCUCAUUCUCGAUGGUUGACAAAAGCUAAUAGGUUGCUUCGUUUGUAUAUUGGAGUCUCCAUCAGAGAAUCCGGUAAUUCAAAGAAAUGGAUACUUUGGUCAUCCCGAAAAUAUUCUUUUAACGAUGUUAUGUGCAGAGCAAAACAUAUAAAUGAGCUUGCUUUAAGGAGGAUUCUAAAAGCAAGGGCAAAACCAAGAUUGCCUGAAAAAAUCAUGCAAUUUAAAAUCCCACCUUUAAAUUUUGAAGCCGAAACCUACAUAGACUUAAUUUCCUGGGAAAAUUGCAAUGUAACGGAACCACCACUAACUUUUGAAUACUCAAACAAUGAACUAAAAUAUAUGGUUAUUCAUGGAUGCAUAAAAGAAGAUGACAAGGAAACCUUGGAAAUUCUAGAAUGCUUCCAUGGAAGCAUUCUAGAAUUUCCAAAGUUUUCUUGUCAUACACAGGCUGUUGAAAGAUGCGUUAAACUAGUAACAGAGGCGUCUUCGGCAGUCUGUGGUCAGAAUGACAGAGAUAUGGGAUAUUUUGUUAUUAAAAUAGCUCAUUAGCGAUUUUAAGAACAUACUAUGCGAAGAGUUGCAUCACACAAACCAUGAUAUUAUUUCAACAUAUUUCAUACUGUCUGGGGCAGCAAGAUAUUUUUUGAUAGCGUUCAUUUUUUGGGGCAAAAUAAACCAUCCUAAUAGGCAACUUUUCCGCAUUAUUACCAAACGAUAUUCUAAAAAAUUUUUAAUUUUUUUCGUCAUUUUC